AUGGGGGGAACUGCUCGCAAACACGACUGUGUGCAGUGGGCGUGGCGCGUGCUUGGUCUAGACACAAACCCCUCCUAUGACAGCAUUCGUGCCGCCUACUGCAGACUCGCUGUCGCAACUCACCCGGACCGCUGCACCGACCCAGGUGCAAAAGAGAAGUUCCAGUUGCUGCACACAGCCUAUGAAACGGCGCUGGAGAAUCACUCACAGCACAAAUGCACGAAAGGGCGGGUGAAAAAUGCUGAGAGGUCUGGGUUUGACUGGAGAUCGGAAGUGGCCCGUGUGCGGGAGGCGUAUAGCAGCAUGUUUAAAUAUCGGCGUCGUCCUGAGGCGGCGGAGGCGCCGUCGAAGAAACAUAGUUCGACUUUGUCACGCGCCGCGCCGCAGCAAACGAAGAAGUUCCGUCGCUCGAAGAAGAAAAAUGCAGCGAGAGCACAAAUGUGUGGGACGAAUAGUGCUGCUGCGGCUACAGGGAUAGCAUCGAUACCGCCAGUGGCACAAGAAGAGCGUCGUCUGCGAGUUAUUGAGCCACGUCGUCGUCAUUACUUAUCUUUAUCACAAAAGUUGGUAUGCCGCAUGGUGUCAAGAGAGGCAUCACGGCGACGUGUCAUAGUGCAUUCUGCGCAGAAAGAACGACGGGGUAUUUUAUUAUGUUUGAAUGAGGAAAGGAUUCGUCAUGCCAUAAAGGAGUGGGAAACUGUUUCUUGGGCCAAGAUGAAGGAACAAUGGGCCGAGCUGUAA